AUGUCGUCUGCCGGCGGAUUCCUAUCGCCCAUCCCUGUGCCGUGUGCGUUGUACGGUGGUGAUGGGCUGUGGAAGCAAGGGUGUAUUCGGGUUGAGGUGUUGUCCAGAUUAAAACAUGCUUGCCUUCAGCAUGAGAUCUCCUCAUCAUCAGCAAGGCACCAGGAUCGACGACCAGUAAACCUAAAUCAACCUGAGCCAGGCACGCAGGGAUUGAGCUUCGUUGACGCCGCCGCUAAAUUAGAUCGAGCAUAG